AUGGGACGUGGACCUAAGAAGCACCAAAAGCGCCUUAGUGCGCCCUCGCACUGGCUCUUGGACAAAAUGUCCGGAACCUAUGCGCCCAAGGCUUCCCCCGGUCCUCACAAGCUCCGUGACUGUCUCCCCUUGAUUGUCUUCAUCCGCAACCGUCUCAAGUACGCCCUGAACGGUCGUGAGGUCAAGGCCAUCAUGAUGCAGCGUCUGGUCAAGGUCGAUGGCAAGGUCCGCACUGACACCACCUACCCCGCUGGUUUCAUGGACGUCAUCUCCCUCGAGAAGACCGGCGAGCACUUCCGUCUCGUCUACGACACCAAGGGCCGUUUCACCGUCCACCGCAUCCAGGCCGAAGAGGCUGAGUUCAAGCUCUGCAAGGUCAAGCGUGUUCAGCUUGGCAAGGGCGGGAUCCCAUUCUUGGUUACGCACGAUGCGCGAACCAUCCGCUACCCCGACCCCGCUAUCAAGGUCAACGACACCGUCAAGGUUGACAUUACCACUGGCAAGAUCGCCGACUUUGUCAAGUUCGACAGCGGUGUUGUCUGCAUGGUUACCGGUGGUCGUAACAUGGGUCGUGUUGGUGUUGUCACUCACCGUGAGCGCCACGAUGGUGGUUUCAACAUUGUCCACGUCAAGGACGCUAUUGACAACACCUUCGCCACCCGUGAGUCCAACGUGUUCGUCAUCGGCCAGGAGAAGCCCUGGAUCUCCCUCCCCAAGGGCAAGGGUGUCAAGCUCUCCAUUGCUGAGGAGCGUGACCGCCGUCGUGCCCACGCUCUUGCCAACUAAAUGUCUUCGGAC